AGAGUUAACUAGCUAAUUCUAUAGACUUGUCUACAAAAAUAUACUUCUCUGUUUUCCCAUAUAUUAGAACCAAACACAAACAAAACGUAGAGAAAGAAAGGUUGAGACUUUGACAAGUUAUAAGAAACAAUGGAGGAUGAAGAGGGAAGAAGAGAGAUGACGAGGAAACAGAGUUCAAGGUUUAAGAGCAUCUGCGUCUUUUGUGGUAGUAGCAAUGGCAAUAAAGCUAGUUAUCAAGUUGCAGCCAUUGAUUUAGGCAAAGAAUUGGUGGCGAGGAAGAUUGAUCUUGUUUAUGGUGGAGGAAGCAUAGGUUUAAUGGGUUUAGUGUCUCAAGCUGUUCAUGAAGGUGGUCGUCAUGUUAUUGGAGUUAUCCCCAAGCUACUCAUGUUGCAAGAGCUUACUGGAGAAACAGUAGGAGAAGUGAGAGAAGUUGCAGACAUGCAUCAGAGAAAAGCUGAGAUGGCUAAGCAUUCUGAUGCCUUCAUUGCUUUGCCUGGUGGCUAUGGUACACUAGAGGAGCUACUUGAAGUGAUAACUUGGGCACAACUUGGUAUACAUGAUAAACCGGUCGGUUUAUUAAACGUUGAUGGAUAUUACAAUGAAUUGCUAUCAUUCAUCGACAAAGCUGUCGAAGAGGGAUUUAUUCUUCCAACCGCUCGACAUAUUAUUGUAUCCGCACCAACCGCAAAAGAGUUGUUUAAGAAAUUAGAGGAAUAUGUGCCUCGACAUAAAUAUUAAAUAGUAACAGAUGCCAUCGAACCUGAGCUCCGAGACGUUCUUAUUAAAAGAAAAAACAAUCGUACGUAAAUGGACGAGUAAAGAUUUGAUUAUUUGGCAGCUAGACAAUCUAAAAGUGGGUUAUCAUUAGGGGGUACGAAAAGUAACUUUUUCUUUCCUGGAUUGUUUUCAGCAUAUAUGGUAUCUCAGAAAUUUCGGUUCAAGUGAUGUAAUAUAUAAGAGCAUAUCAUUUGAAUUUUUAAGUCAGUGUUAAAAAAAAAAAUUUCCUUGUUGGGUCAAAAUUGAAAAACAAGGAGGACUUGUUACGUUGUACUAGAGAUUGUACUAGAGAUAUUUACAACUCCAUUAGAGUUCGAGGGUUUUUG